GCCCGCCGCGUGCAGCCCUUUACUUUGCCCCGAGGGGACAGAUCAGAAUUAGGAUUUUUUUCUCUCUUUCUCUUGGCUCUUUUCCUCCUGGAAGGUUAGAUGACUCCGGUAACUGCUGUAAAAUGGAUGGAAUUUUCGAGCUAUUAUCUGCCAGGCAGAUCUUUGAAUGAUAAUUGGACCCUUAUGUUAACAGCCUCGGUGGAGAGUUUUCUAAAACAUCUUGCGUGGGGCGGCAGCCUGGUGGGGUGGGAGAGGCCCCAGCGGUCGCCUUCCUGCUUCGGGCGCGGAAACUGCCACCCUGGUCGCCCACCGCUCUGGGCGCCGCUUUCCUCGUCUGUCCGUGAGGGCUCCCCCGGUCAUCACAGGCCUUGGGGUGUUCUUGGGUUUGGUCGUCGGUGCUUCUCCAGUUUCUCCUUCUGUGCUAGCUGCAGGCGCCCGGCCUGGGACACACGGGCUGUCCCCCACCUGGUUUUUGAAAACCUGUUUCACUUUCCAGCCUCUCCAGAGGAAUGUGAAAGCCGGUCACGGUGCCCAUCUCCUCAGAUGCCUGAUGCCAGCCUGUGCCUCUCGCCUCUCCGAAAGAGGGCUGCUGGCCUGCUGCUGUGCUGCUGAACAGUAUGCAGUCCUUCCGGGAGCAAAGCAGUUACCACGGAAACCAGCAGAGCUACCCGCAGGAGGUGCACGGCUCAUCCCGGAUCGAGGAGUUCAGCCCUCGUCAGGCCCAAAUGUUCCAGAAUUUUGGGGGUGCAGGUGGCGGCAGUGGCAGCGGCAGUGGUGGGGGACGACGAGGCACAGCGGCUGCUGCAGCGGCGAUGGCUAGCGAGACCUCUGGCCAUCAGGGCUACCAGGGUUUCAGGAAAGAGGCCGGGGACUUCUACUACAUGGCAGGCAACAAAGACCCAGUGGCGACAGGAACCCCACAGCCGCCUCAGAGGAGGCCUUCUGGGCCUGUGCAGAGCUAUGGACCCCCCCAGGGGAGCAGCUUCGGCAAUCAGUACGGGAGCGAGGGGCAUGUGGGCCAGUUUCAAGCACAGCACUCCACCCUGGGGGGGGUGUCUCACUAUCAGCAGGACUACGCGGGGCCUUUCUCCCCAGGGAGCUCGCAGUACCAGCAGCAGCCUUCCAGCCAGCAGCAGCAGCAAGUGCAGCAGCUGAGGCAGCAGCUUUACCAGUCCCACCAGCCCCUGCCGCAGAGUACCGGCCAGCCGGGAUCCAGCUCAUCCCACCUGCAGUCGAUGCAGCGGCCCUCAACCCUGCCCUCCUCUGCCUCCGGUUACCAGUUAAGAGUGGGUCAGUUUGGCCAGCACUACCAGUCUUCUGCCGCGUCCUCCUCCUCCUCCUCCUUCCCCUCGCCACAGCGCUUCAGCCAGUCAGGACAGAGCUACGACGGCAGUUACAGCGUGAAUGCUGGGUCCCAGUACGAAGGCCACAACGUGGGUUCUAAUGCACAGGCUUACGGAACACAGUCAAAUUACAGCUAUCAGCCUCAAUCCAUGAAAAAUUUUGAACAGGCAAAGAUUCCACAAGGGACCCAGCAGGGGGGGCAGCAGCCCCCGCAGCCCCAGCCCCCGCAGCACACCAUGCAGUACCCCAGUGCUGCCCCCAAGCUGCCCCUGCAGAGCCAGGUGGGGCAGUACAGCCAGCCUGAGGCGCCCGUGCGCUCCCCCAUGCAGUUCCACCAGAACUUCAGCCCCAUUUCCAACCCCUCCCCAGCUGCCUCUGUAGUUCAGUCUCCAAGCUGCAGCUCCACCCCAUCUCCUCUUAUGCAGAGUGGGGAGAACCUCCAGUGUGGGCAAGGCAGUGUGCCCAUGGGUUCCAGAAACAGGAUUUUACAGUUGAUGCCUCAGCUCAGCCCAACCCCCUCGCUGAUGCCCAGUCCCAAUUCUCAUGCAGCCGGCUUCAAAGGGUUUGGACUGGAAGGGGUGCCCGAGAAGCGCCUGACAGACCCUGGCUUGAGCAGUCUGAGUGCCCUGAGUACGCAGGUGGCCAAUCUCCCCAACACUGUCCAGCACAUGCUGCUCUCUGACGCCCUGACCCCUCAGAAGAAGACCUCCAAGAGGCCCUCCUCAUCCUCUAAGAAAGCAGACAGCUGCACCAACUCUGAAGGCUCCUCACAGCCAGAAGAACAGCUCAAGUCCCCACUGGCAGAGUCGCUGGAUGGAGGCUGUUCCAGCAGCUCCGAGGACCAGGGCGAGCGGGUAAGGCAGCUGAGCGGCCAGAGCACCAGCUCUGACACCACCUACAAGGGGGGCACCUCCGAGAAGGCCAGCUCCUCCCCUGCACAGGGUGUUCAGAACGAAGCCCCCCGGCUCAGCGCUAGCCCUGCAGCCAGAGACGAGGCCGCCUCGCCAGGUGCUAAGGACGUGGCCUUGUCAUCCGAGGGCAACCCAAAAGUCAACGAGAAGACGGUUGGGGUGAUUGUCUCCCGGGAAGCCAUGACAAGCCGGGUAGAAAAGCCUGGUGGGCAGGAGAAGGGCUCCCAAGAGGAUGACCCUGCAGCCACUCAGAGGCCGCCCAGCACUGGCGGGGCAAAGGAGAGCAGUCACGUGUCACUUCCUCAGCCAGAGCCUCCAGGAGGAGGGAGCAAAGGAAACAAGAACGGAGACAGCAGCUCCAAUCACAAUGGAGAGGGCGGCGGCCAGAGCGGGCACCCUGCCGUGGGCCCUGGUUUUAUAGGCAGAACUGAGCAGAGCAAGUCUCCCGGGAGCCUGCGUUAUAGCUACAAAGAUAGUUUUGGGUCAGCCGUGCCGCGGAACGUCAGUGGCUUUCCUCAGUAUCCUACAGGGCAAGAGAAAGGAGACUUCACUGCCCACGGGGAGCGAAAGGGUAGAAAUGAGAAGUUUCCCAGCCUCCUCCAGGAGGUGCUGCAGGGCUACCACCACCACCCAGACAGGAGGUACUCCAGGAGCACUCAGGAGCAUCAGGGCAUGGCUGGGGGCCUGGAGGGAGCCACCAGGCCUAACGUCCUAGUCAGUCAAACUAAUGAAUUAGCUAGCAGGGGCCUUUUGAACAAAAGCAUUGGGUCCCUGCUGGAAAACCCCCACUGGGGCCCCUGGGAAAGGAAAUCCGGCAACACAGUUCCUGAAAUGAAACAGAUCAAUUUGGCUGACUACCCAAUUCCCAGGAAGUUUGAAAUAGAGCCACAGUCCUCAGCCCACGAGACUGGGGGCCCCCUCUCCGAGAGAAGGUCAGUGAUCUGCGACAUUUCCCCCCUGAGGCAGAUUGUCAGAGACCCAGGCGCUCACUCGCUGGGGCACUUGGGUGCCGACGCCAGACUUGGAAGGAACGAGCGUCUCAACCCCAGUCUGAGCCAGUCGGUCAUUCUUCCCGGUGGGUUGGUGUCCAUGGAAACCAAGUUGAAGUCCCAGAGCGGGCAGAUAAAGGAGGAAGACUUCGAACAGUCCAAACCCCAGGCCAGUUUCAACAACAAGAAGUCCGGCGACCACUGCCAUCCUGCCAGCAUCAAGCAUGAGUCUUACCGGGGCAACGCCAGCCCUGGGGCCGCGGCCCACGAGGCCCUCUCAGACUGUGGCCCGCAGGAUGGCCGGCCCGCGCCCAUGCGGCGCAUCCCUGGCAGAGUCGGUGGUCGGGAGGGCAUGAGGGGCCGAUCCCCUUCUCAGUAUCACGACUUUUCAGAAAAACUGAAGAUGUCUCCUGGGCGGAGCAGAGGCCCAGGGGGAGACCCUCACCACAUGAACCCGCACAUGACCUUUUCGGAGAGGGCCAACAGAAGCGCGCUGCACGCCCCCUUUGCUCCCAACUCGGAAAGCCUGGCCUCUGCUUAUCACAGCAACACGCGGGCUCAUGCUUAUGGGGACCCUGGCGCGGGCUUGAACUCCCAGCUCCAUUACAAGAGACAGAUGUACCAGCAGCAGCAGGAGGAGUACAAGGACUGGGGCAGCAGCUCUGCUCAGGGAGUAAUCGCUGCCGCGCAGCACAGGCAAGAGGGGCCGCGCAAGAGCCCCAGGCAGCAGCAGUUUCUGGACAGAGUACGGAGCCCUCUGAAGAAUGACAAAGAUGGUAUGAUGUACGGCCCGCCCAUGGGGACUUACCACGACCCCAGCGGCCAGGAAGGCGGCCGCUGCCUCAUGUCCAGCGACGGUCUCUCUAACAAGGGCCUCGAACUGAAGCAUGGCGCCCAGAAGCUGCAGCAGGAGUCCUGUUGGGACCUUUCUCGACAGACUUCUCCAGCCAAAAGCGGUGGGCCCGUGGGAAUGUCCAACCAGAAGAGGUAUGGCCCCCCCCACGAGGCCGACGGGCAUGGUCUGGCCGAGUCUUCUUCGCAGACCUCCAAGCCCAGUAACGUCAUGCUGAGGCUUCCGGGGCAAGAGGAUCAUUCCUCUCAAAACCCCCUCAUCAUGAGGCGGCGGGUCCGAUCUUUCAUCUCUCCCAUCCCCAGUAAGAGACAGUCCCAAGAGGUGAAGAACAGUAACGCUGACGACAGAGGGCGCCUGCUCCACCCUUCGAAAGAAAGCGCCGACAAAUCGUUCAAUUCCUAUGCCCACCUCGCCCACGGUCAGGAUAUCAAGUCUGUCCCUAAGAGGGAGGCUGCCAAGGACCUCCCGAGCCCGGACAGCAGAAACUGCCCUGCUGUCACCCUCACGAGUCCUGCUAAGACCAAAAUCCUGCCCCCCCGGAAAGGCCGGGGGCUGAAGCUGGAAGCUAUCGUUCAGAAGAUCACGUCUCCGAACAUCAGGAGGAGCGCCGCCCCCAACAGCGCAGAGGCCGGGGGGGACACCGUCACGCUCGAUGACAUUCUGUCUCUGAAAAGCGGCCCUCCCGAUGGCGGGAGCGUCGCAGCCCAGGAUGUGGACCUAGAGAAGAGAAAGGGUGAGGUGGUGUCUGACCUGGCCGGGCCGGCGAACCAGGAGCUGAACGCAGAGAAGCCCCUCGCCAGGUCUUCCGAGGAGUGGCGCGGCAGCGGGGACGACAAGGUCAAGACCGAGGCACACUCAGAAACGGUUACUGCCGGGAAGGAACCCCCCGGUGCCACGACGUCCGCAACCUCACAGAAGCCCGGGAGUAACCAAGGGAGACCAGAUGGUUCCCUGGGGGGGGCAGCACCUUUAAUUUUCCCUGACUCAAAGAAUGUACCUCCGGUGGGCGUCCUGGCCACGGAGGCCAACCCCAAAGCCGAAGAGAAAGAGAGCGAUACCGUGACGAUUUCCCCCAAACAAGAGGGUUUCCCCCCAAAGGGAUAUUUCCCAUCAGGAAAGAAGAAGGGGAGACCCAUUGGUAGUGUGAAUAAGCAAAAGAAACAACAGCAGCCACCGCCACCGCCUCCUCAGCCCCCUCAGAUUCCAGAAGGUUCUGCAGAUGGAGAGCCAAAGCCAAAAAAGCAGAGGCAAAGGAGGGAGAGAAGGAAGCCUGGGGCACAGCCCAGGAAGCGGAAAGCCAAGCAGGCCGUUCCCAUCGUCGAGCCGCAGGAACCUGAGAUCAAGCUGAAGUACGCCACCCAGCCACUGGACAAAGCUGACGCCAAGAACAAGUCUUUUUUCCCUUAUAUCCACGUAGUAAAUAAGUGUGAACUUGGAGCCGUUUGUACAAUCAUCAAUGCUGAAGAAGAAGAACAGACCAAAUUGGUGAGGGGCCGGAAGGGUCAGAGGUCACUGACCCCUCCGCCCAGCAGCACUGAAAGCAAGGCGCUUCCCGCCUCGUCCUUUAUGCUGCAGGGACCUGUGGUGACAGAGUCGUCUGUGAUGGGGCACCUGGUCUGCUGUCUCUGUGGCAAGUGGGCCAGUUACCGGAACAUGGGCGACCUCUUUGGACCCUUUUAUCCCCAAGAUUAUGCAGCCACUCUCCCGAAGAAUCCACCUCCCAAGAGGGCCACGGAGAUGCAGAGCAAAGUGAAGGUCCGGCACAAAAGCGCUUCCAAUGGCUCCAAGACGGACACUGAGGAGGAGGAGGAGCAGCAGCAGCAGAAGGAGCAGCGGAGCCUGGCUGCUCACCCCAGGUUUAAGCGGCGACACCGCUCGGACGACUGUGGUGGGGGCCCUCGGUCCCUGUCCAGGGGGCUCCCUUGCAAAAAAGCUACCGCCGAGGGAAACAGCGACAAGACUGCUCUGGACUCCAAGGCCGCCGUGCCCACCGCUCCGGAAGGUGGCCCCGAGCUGGAGUUACAAAUCCCUGAACUACCUCUUGACAGCAACGAAUUUUGGGUCCACGAGGGCUGUAUUCUCUGGGCCAAUGGAAUCUACCUGGUCUGUGGCAGGCUCUACGGCCUGCAGGAAGCGCUGGAAAUAGCCAGAGAGAUGAAAUGCUCCCACUGCCAGGAGGCAGGUGCCACCCUGGGCUGCUACAACAAAGGCUGCUCCUUCCGGUACCAUUACCCGUGUGCCAUUGACGCAGAUUGUUUGCUGCAUGAGGAGAACUUCUCGGUGAGGUGCCCCAAGCACAAGCCUCCCCUCCCGUGCCCUCUCCCCCCGCUGCAGAACAGGACAGCGAAAGGCAGCCUCAGCACAGAGCAGUCGGAGCGGGGGUGAGGGGGGCAGUGCGCGCGGGAUGGAAAGUACAGCAAGCACAGGUGAGACUGUGGAGAUGAGAAGGUGGUGGACACUCGCG